AUGGAAGAGACAAGUGUACCACCUGCGUAUCAGCCGUCAGGAACGAGACGGUACACCCUGGCCGGCAGCGCACAACGUCCGCCCUUCAGUCCAUUGUCUCCGGUGCACCACUCGUGCACCGCUCCCGAGGAGGGUUGCCGAGAGGGCGAGGGUCGGUGGAAAUCAGAAGCACAGGAGACGCCACUGGCGGAGGCGCGAACAGGAGGGGACUUGAGUGCGCUGGAGCAAGAGGAGUGGGUGAAGGUCUCUUGGAAGAAAGGGGAGUGCAGGGAGGAAAUUAAGCUCAUUGCAGAGGCGUCCGGCCUGGCUUUCGACGACGCUCGAAUCGUGGCCUUGCGUCUAUACAACCACUUCAACUGGCUCCCUCAGCUCCAGGAACGGUCGGAACAGCUCUUGGCAGUGGUUGGCCGGGAACGACGUCUGUCGCUGACCCUCGUCAGAAACGAAGCCUUUGCUCUAUCUCAAGCAUCUGCUACCCAAAAAUCUAUGACCGGCCGUGACGAGGCGGCAAAAACAGGGUCCUACGGAGCCGCAGAAGGAGGCGGCUGUGACACCACGAAGGAACAAUUCAACCGUUACGUCAAGGGGAUGUGCGUGGUUUGCAACGAAGGCAGCUUCGACCAGGUGUUGGACUUGCUCUUCCGGGCCUACUCGACGGCGAGAGACGAUUGCACGAUCACGCGCAACGAAAUGGCGGCGAUACUCUCCAAGCAUGUCGUCUAUGAGGACUCAGAGGACCCAACGGAGGAAAAAGAUCGGGUGUACAGAUGGCUGAAACGACAAUUUGUACACCUUGCACCAACGGCCUGUCGGACGACAAACUUGGGAACGGCUACAACCACGAUUACCUCGAGUGGCGAUGUAGCAGCAGCAGGGAGGUAUCAAGACGGUGGCGGUUGCAUUGGCUGGGACAGCGCUCGCGAGCUUCUUCGGCGAGGCCCCCAGCGAUUGGUGGACUCUUUCGCGGUAGACUUGCCCUGCCUGUCCAAGGACCUGUGGAGUGCGGACCUCGUUGAUUUGGGGAGAACCAGUCUCAUGUCGUCGUUGCAGUAGGUGCCUAGACAACGCCCUAUACUGGCCGUGCUCCCGGGGAUUUUGAUUCUCAAAAUUAUACUUGCUCGAAAUAGGGGCAUAGCAAACAAAGGCAAUUUUUGCUUAGUGCGAUCUCGUUGAAAUCUUUCUUCCCGGGAAGCAUAGAUAGCUUUUUUUUUCUGUCCGUGCUUAUGUACAUUGUAUGUUGAGAACGUAUGCGGUGUGUUUCCGAGUUCCCGAGGGCUGGGAAGGCGAGAUCACGGACAUUUAAAUCAAGGAAAUUACAGGCAAGCUGGAAUAGGCCGGGGUGAGAUUGCCUUGUGUCCGUCCGCUCGGGUGAAAGAGUAGAGCUCGAUGAAAUAAAA